GCGCCUUAAUUGCUAAAUCUAUCAGCUCAUUCAGUACAACUUCAUUUCAGGUUCUUGCAGGUUCUCUCCUCUCUUUCUCUCCCACACACAAAACAGACAUGGACUGCGUUGUUUUGCUUCCUGUUCUUCAUAAGUAACCACUUAAGUUUGUUGGUGGGAGAUGCAGAAGGAAAUUAGAGCGGCCUUGCUUUUUGGGUUGGUGGUAUGGGUAUAUCAGGCAACCAACCCUCCACCUCCAAAGAUUUGCGGUACCCCAGGCGGCCCUCCUAUUACAGCACCUAGAAUAAAAUUGAGGGAUGGGAGGUAUUUGGCCUACAAGGAGCAUGGUGUCUCUAGAGAAACUGCCAAAUAUAAGAUCAUAUAUGUUCAUGGCUUUGCCUCUAUGAGACAUAAUACAAUGAGCGUGGAAAAACUCUCUCCGGAAGUUGUUGAGGAGCUGGGAUUCCACCUUGUGUCCUUCGACCGGCCGGGUUAUGGAGAAAGUGAUCCACAUCCAAAGCGAACUCCGGAGAGUUUAGCUUUAGAUAUAGAAGAGCUUGCGGAUCAUUUAGAAUUUGGAUCCAGAUUUUAUGUGAUGGGGUUUUCUAUGGGAGGUCAAGUGGUCUGGGGCUGCCUCAAGUACAUCCCUCACAGGCUAGCAGGAGCAACUCUAAUUGCGCCUGUUGUCAACUACUGGUGGCCUGGCUUUCCUGCCAACUUAUCAACAGAAGCCUACUACCUACAGCUACCUCAGGACCAGUGGACAUUGCGUGUUGCUCACCAUGCUCCAUGGCUCACCUAUUGGUGGAACACUCAGAAAUGGUUUCCUGCAUCGGCGGUUGCAGCCCGUAAACCUGAAGUUUUCUCCCGUCAGGAUUUAGAACUCCUUUCCAUGGAGACAGAUGGAAGAAUGAACAUGCCACAAGCAAUGCGGCAAGGAAAAUUUGAAACCAUACAUCGAGACAUGAUGAUUGGGUUUGGGAAGUGGGAAUUCGAUCCCAUGGAUCUUGAAAAUCCCUUUCCUGACAAUGAAGGCUCGGUUCAUCUAUGGCACGGUGAUGAAGAUAAGAUGGUGCCUGUUAUCUUGCAACGAUAUAUUGCCCAAAGACUUCCCUGGAUAAACUACCAUGAGAUAUCUGGCUCUGGACACAUGUUCCCUUACAUCCCAGAGAUAUGCGAAGCGAUCAUAAAGACUCUUUUGCUUGAAAAAAACUAGCCCUCUUUCGAGCUUAGUAGGCGUCAGCAUUUGUUUGCCUUUCUUCUUAGGUUCAUGGCACCGUAACCUUGUUCUAUUCUUAGUUUCAAACAAUAUU